AUGCCUUCUUUUCUAUCUGGAAGUUCGUCGGUCGCUGAUGUUGUUCAUUGGCUUAGAAACAAUAAAUUUAACGACGAGGUUAUAAAGAAUUUCCAAGGUUUGUUUAACAAAUGUAAAGCGCAUAUUUGCAUUGUUGUCUUUAAUAUAUUUUCACGUUGUUUCAUCCGUUUAUAAUAGUACGUCGCUUAAGUGGCCUACUUGACCUUUUAUUUUAAUUGGCUUAUUGAAUAGACGAAUCAAUUGAUGGUGAAGAUUUUUUCUCAUUGGAAAUGUGGAUGAUCGACCGACUUAUUUAUAUCAAAGGAAUGAAGAAUAUCAAAAGGUUUCGAUCAUUAUGGUCUCAAGAGACAAACAUGGUAUGUAGAUUUAAUUUUUAUGGACAUAUUUCCAUUCUUUUAAUGCUUUAAAGCAAAAAGGAUUACUCAUAAUUUGUUUUAUGAAAACCUUGGUUAUUGUUAACUAAGAAUUGAUGUAAUCUAUCGAAGGAUUGGCUUGAUAUUAUAUGGAUUCAAAAAAUUUAUGAACUACACUAUGGCUAUGCAGUCGGCGUUUUUUGGCUUCAACUCCCAUGAUGCAUCAAUCCAUCAAACUCCAUCUAUAUAUAUGCACAUGCACGAUGGCUAUAUUAUCAAUGAUUCGUUAAAUGUAUGUUUGUAAAAAAUUUUUAUUGCAUGUAUACUAAUGGUUAUGAAGAAUUGGUCAUCGAUAAUUUCUCAUGGAUAAGUAGGCCUAGGGCCUACAAAGGGACUUCGCUCGAAUUCUGCAUGAAGAAGGGCCUUUGCUCAAAACGUUGAGAACAUAUUUUGAUUUUUUAUAGGCUUGCGUGCAUGUAGCUUUAGACCCAAGAGAUUAUUGCUAUCAACGCAGCAGCUGAUGCUGAAAGUUUUUAUCAAAAUAAGUAUGCUUUCAAUAUUUUCUGUAUAGAUCUUUGAUGUAAAUGGAAAGCCUGUUCCUGAUAAAGAACAGCAACCUCCUGCCUGUUCAAGUCCUGCUGAGAGUCCCCUACAAGAUGUAUGUGGCAUGCCAGAAAUUGAGUAUCCAAGAAUGUCAUUGUUGGCACCACCAGUGAACAACUUGUUGACACCAGAAAAUGGAAGCAAAGGAAUACGACCUACAGUCUCUUCUGUUGAAAAGGUUAGUUACUGCUAAUAAAACAAAAUUAUUUUAUACAUAUUUUUACAGUGGGUGCCAAAAUUAAGUAUUUGUGAGUCAUUGAGAAAAGUGUAUCUUCUAAAAAAUAAACUGUCAAUAGCUACUGAACAUGCGCAUUUAGAUCUGCAAUUGUCUCGGACCACAUUUUGUCUUUCGUAAAUUUUGCCAUGUAUAAUUUUAAAAUACGAUUAAUUAAAUUCCAUACAUGUAUGUGCAUCAAGAAUUGCUAGGCUUUAAAAUAUCUUUUACAUGAGCAUCUGACAAAAUGUCCUAUGACUUUGAGCUUGGGUCGGACAUGUACAGGAUCAUGAUGUCCGUUGACCUUCAUUUCAGUUUGGGUCGGAAAUAAGUCUGAAUGACACGAAUAUCAGCAUAACGCAUAUGUAUUAAUUCUGAACUGUCGGGGGUUGUAGGUUCGAUUCCCGCUGUGGUGAAGCAUAUUUGUUGGGCUUGCCCGGUGUGGAUAUACAUUCAGAGUAACAUCACACACAUCAUAUUCACCUGAGUACAUAACACCUACACAGAAAAAAAUCAUGAUCAUGAUUACUAGAUUGCAUUGGUAUCGAAGAAACUAGACUCAGUUCCAAAAUAUCAUAUACUUGAACCGACCUGACUGCGUAGCUCAGUUGGAAGAGCAUUAAUUAAUUUUUUCAUUCAUUAAGAGCAUUAACUAAUUUUUUCACGAUAUGAAACCGGAACCACAGGUAUUUUUUACGCCUAGUUUUGAUUCCCACCGUGGCCAGGCAUAUUUUUCAAGCUUGCCCGGUGUGGAUAUACACUCAGAGUAGGGUUGGGCGAUAUCUUGAUUUAUCACAAUAUUUUCAAUCGCGAUUACCGUAUCGAAGGCAGAAACUUGAGCGACGAUAUAUCAAAAUUAUCGUUAUGCUCGUUGACUAUAGUGAUAUUGCUUCAUAUGUGUAUAUAGCUUUUUAAUAUAAAAUCCUAAAAAAAUUCCUUCAACUUCAAGAAAAUAUAGUUUAAAAAAAAUAAAAACUAUUUCCUGAAUUAAAUACAAAUUUAAUACGAUAUAAAAGCUAAUAUUUAUGUAUUAAUCCGCUGAACAAUGAAAUUGCCUGCUAUGCUUGCGCCUGUGUGCCCACGGCAUUUGUGCCUGCGGAGACACAGUAAGCACUGCAUAGACAGUUCAGGUUUAUGAACAGUAAAUAUUAGACAAGAAAAAGCCUUCUUAUUACUUUAAUUUUUGUUUUACUUGUCAUUGUUUUUAUUGCAUUUAUCGCGAUAUUAUUGAAUAUCGCGAUAAUUUCCUCCACAAUUAUCGUGAGAUGAUUUUUUUUAAUAUCGCCCAACCCUAACUCAGAGUAACAUCACACACAUUAAUAAUUUGUAAACUAAACAAAAUGGUGUCCGGUUUUAGGAAAAUUUAAAAAAGUUAAAACUGAUCUACCCUACCUAAGUUUUUACAAGAAGAAAUAGAAAACCCACAUAUUUUUGGCCUAGCCUUGAUUUUCGAGUUGGUGACAUAUGUUUAUUUAUGACUGUAGUUAAAUGUAUAUUUUAUUGAUCUACUUGUAUACGGUAAUUGUCGUUGUACCUUUAAUCGGAGGAGUGCCUCGCAUGGGACCUCGAGUCCCGUUCACACUCCUACCAUUUGGUCACUAUCUAAUAAGGCCAAAUAAAAAUAAUAGUUGGUUUCAGGUUCUGUUUAAAAUACCAUAAGUUACCUUGACAUUUAAAUGUUUAGAGUGAACAUUGUUGACAUUAAAUAUUUAGUUGUUGCUCGUUUCCUUGCAUGUCAAGUUUUAUAUGUAUGCAAGUGAAAACUUGAUGUAAAAACAAUAAAAACUAAGAGUUUAUAAUGAGUUUUAACUUAUAUUUAUUGCAUACUUGAGAUAAAAUAGUUUUUUAAAAUAAAAUGUAUACCCAAACCUACCUACCCAUAUAAAACAUGGCUGCAUGUGAAACCUGAAACCAACGAUUAUUUUUGUUUGGCUUAAAAACUUAAGCUUGUUUCCACUUCACAAUUUUGCUUGCCACCCUGUGCUGUACCAUACAUGAAAGUUCAUGCACAUCAGCAUGUGUGUAGAAACUCAUGUCAUGUAUUGUCAAUAUUAGCAAAUGUGCUAUUAACCUAAUACCAGUAUUCAUAAUUUUUUUAUGAAAAUUUUAAAUAGCAGCCCUUGUCGGAGAAUGGUUCACCAAGUCCAUCAUUGAAAGCAAAUAAAAAAGGCAGAUCAGGAGAGAAAAAUGUAAAAAUUGGUUGGGCUCAGUCCUUUGAAAUUCCAGAUAAGGUUUGUUGUAUAUUAGGUCAUUCCACAGAACAUCCAUACCUCCCCCAUGGAGGAAAUUGGAAGUUAACUUCCCUAACCCCUUCAGAUCUCCUAAUACACUUACUACCUUACCUUAUUUAACCCUCCAGAUGGCAGAAAUUUCCUCCUUGUGGGUAAGGUGUAUCUUUUCUUGAACAACCCUUUGUGCCAAAUAUUGUUUCUUAGCCUUUUAAAAUGCAAUGUGCCCCCAUUCACCUGUAAAAAGGUGUCAUUGAAUUUGAUGCACCUUACUUUAACAUCUGCAAAGUACCCUGAGAAACAACCUUAAAGCACAGGAGUCUGUCAGGAGAGUACCAUACAAAACUCUACUUACAUGAGUGCACUGGAAGCAACCUCGCCAAGAUAACUAAUGUGUUCAGACCUGCAGUAAUAGGCUUAACUCAGUGGUAAGAGACAAGUACGCUUAGCCACUCAGCCACUUGUGCUUCCCACCUGUUGAUACGAAAUUGAAAUCCUCAGGUAUAUCCAUAAUGGGUGCUAGGAGAAAAACUCAAACCCUGUUCACAGCGAUGGUAUCAUAUUUUCAAACCUAUAGGUUUGAACAGGGUUACGGUUGAUUUCAUAUAACUUUUCCGUAAACAUUGCGUACUUCGUACCUAAUAUUGCGUGCUAGUAACUUGUAUGAUGAUGUACUUAUUUGCUAAUUACAUUUUUUUGUUUUUAGUUUUCACUGAAUGUUGAGUUAGGAAUAAACGCAAAGGCAUUUAAUGCAAGUCGGAUAAAUGAAUUUGUCAGGGAUAUAUGUACUCUGGUGUCUACAUACACCAGGUACCCAACUGAAGCAGAGAGGCAGCUGAUUGCACAAAAGAUAGUUAUGAAGUUUACUUUUUUAAAGGAUCCAACAAUUGGACAGAAUUCCAAGGAAUGGGUAAGCAGAGCAUUUAUGAGCCAAGUAGCUUAUUCUGAUUAUAAAAGCAACAAUGGUGUUAAAUUUGCAAAAAUUAAGUAUGUACUCCAUAAGCAUAACUGUAGUGUGUGUACAUAAGGAAGAUGGUAACUCUCCCCACUGACCAACUCGGCCCAUACCAUCUCGGCCCACAUUUCCACCGUCUCUGCCCUAACUUCCACCGUCUUUUAACUAACUUGGCCCAAUCCACUGCAUUUAAUUAAUGCAUCGUGGUUUGUACUGUUUGACAUAUUAGGGAUAGUCAUUUUGUAAUAUAUAACCCAGCUCUUUGCUUUUAGGGUUCUUGGGAAAUACAAAUAAAGAACAGGAUGAAACGGUUGCAAAAAUUAGCAACUAAAAGAUCAUUGCCAAUGACUGAUACAGAGAAGGAACCUUCAGAUGUCCACAUGCACAAGAAGCAAAGAACUGAUAAUCCUUGGCUUGAGGUGCCUUCCUUUGAUGCAAAAGAAAAAGAGGCAAUGAAGGAAAAAGUUGGUCAGCUGCGUAAACUUAGUCGGGCUGGAAAAGUGGACCAUGGAGUUAUGAAAAAUUUAAUGCGAGACACCUAUCCCUUGCGAAGGCAAACAAUACUGGCUGGGACAGAUACUGUUGACACUAUAAUAAAAAGUUUCCCUGUCUUGAUGCAACCAGCACAUGUAAGUUUUUUUAUGUUGCAUACACGUCAAAUGUUUACAAUUCUAAGUUCAAACAGCCACUCUGUUUUGAUAGAAUUGUAAGCAUGUGAACAAAGUUGUAGAUGGGGGAUGGAGCAUGGAUGGGAAGCAGUCUCCUAUAAGAUCACAUUGUCCAGGGCAGAACCCUGCUUUGUCCACAGUGAAUAAUUUUAUGUUAUCAAGAUUUCUACCAAAAUUUUGUUUUGCUUAAUAUAGCUAAGAAUGGAAAUUUGCCGAAUUUUUGAUGAUGUUGAGUUCUGUAAGAACAUGAAGGUUUCCCUGGCUGGCACCUGGAUACCGAGAAUAUUGUCAUACAUUGAGUCGAGUGAUAAGCCAAUGGUGAAGAAAUUACGAGAUGAAAUGGAGCAAGCUAUAAAUGAUGGUCUCAUCAGUGAAACAGGUAUAAAUUUCAUUUAAUGUUAUACCAAUACUUUCAGAAUUGUUGAAAAGAGCUUGGGAUGCACAGCAUGCUCAUUUAUAAUGAGAAUGUUUGUUUCUAUAACAUUAAUUGUUUAUAGAAGCAAGGGUAUCUUUUGCUUUCCAAAUUAAGUGUUGCCAUGACUCAAACAUUGACACACGUGGGUGUUGAGAACUACUUUUAGACAAAUGCCUUGUUUUUAGAAUGUCGUCAACGAGCUGCAAUUUGGAUAAUGUUCAACAGCUUACUACAAGGCAGUGGUGGAAGGAAGAAUAGUGGCUGUGAGAAGAUUUUGAAGUUGUUAGAGGUAAUGUGACAUGGAAAUUGCACACUAUACCAAGUUAAACCAGAGAAACUUUUCCCUUAUCUGUCAGUAUGUUGAUAUUAUGUUGUUGCACUUUAUCAGUUGAUAUACACCAGCUAGCUACGAGUGCGAGAGUCAACAAUGCAAAAUUGUCCAUUAUGAGUAACUAUAUGCAUGCAAGGGUGUAGUUUAGCUAUUACAUAUUUUACAGGUCUGAUCCUAGGCGUAGCGCAAGUGUAAUUUGUAUAUUCAAGUUUGAUUCAACAUAAAAAGAGAUUUCAUUUUAAACCUCUCUGCCAUUGUGGUAAUUAAUUGUCGGUAUUCGAAGUUUCAAACCUAAAGUUGAGUGGUAUAUAUCAACUGUUGUGGUAAGAACGGUGUCAGAAUAUUUAUAAUUGUGAAUAAUAUGCACUGAUUGGUAAAUGUAAUUAUAUUUUGUAGGGAGAUGAUGAUGUGGACCACCAAAUUAAAGUAGCAGUGACACCGUCGAUCUUUCUGUCUGGUACUUCCGUAUUCGAUACGUCAGUAAUGUAUGUUGUUGGGGAAGGGAGAGUGUUGUGCGACGCAUCACGUGAAGACAAACUUUUAGACUGUUUGAUUCUUUUAAUUUGCGUUCAUUACACCUACAAUUUUGAUUACAAAGUCCAGAGAAAUGCAAUGCUUUUUUUCGAGAAGGCAACCUUUGGAAUAAACUACAAUAACCAGGUCCCACUUGGGGUUACUCAAGUUUUCACUCUGUUGGGUCAGUGAAGAAUUAAGACUGUUGGUGUAUUUUUAAAUGUAUAUAUAUAUAACUCUUCACAUCUAAGCUUGCCUGUAAUUAAUUAGCAUUUAUAUAUAGUGACC